GUUAUCCAAACAAGAUCAGUGCGACAUUCAUAUAAAUUUCGUGUUUUGAAAACAAUGUAAAAGUGACAUGAACUCAAUUUUUUUAUGGUAGUGUUGUUUCGCCGUAGUUAUCCCUAAUUGUCUAUUGUGUUUGUGAAGUAAAUAUUAAAAGUUGUGUAGAUACGUAGUUUAUUAUAAAGUACCAUGAUAUUUUCCCGGUAGAUAACCUUGAAUUAUUCCAAGAUUUGUUAUCCUAGGACCGAAUUUUUAGUUGUAAUAAAAUUGUACAUGAACCAUGUCUGCGGAGACUGAGCUGACAAUGCAGACAGGGCUCUCGCCAGUCCUACUGCCAGAUAUGACAGCUCUUAGUCUUAUCGGUCAUAGAACACAGGCAACGCAUCUUGCAGCUCAUCCACAACCUCCACAACAUCCCAGUAUGCAGCAAAAUCCCAACCAAGCUUGGCAGACCAGUCCUCCUAGACAGACAAGCCCUACCUCACAAACCACAUUUGCAGAAUCAUUGGCAGCGGGUGCAUCAGGAACCUCUUUGGGCGCCACAAGUACUGCUGUUGCAGUUCCUGGCACAACCGGAGCUGUUGCUGCAGUAUCACCGCCAGUAGAGCCCCCGGUCUUUCAAUGUCCGAGAAGGCCAAAUUUAGGACGAGAAGGUCGACCUAUAGGACUCAAGGCCAACCAUUUUCAAAUCACAAUGCCUAGGGGCUUCGUACAUCACUAUGACGUUAAUAUUCAACCUGACAAAUGUCCUCGAAAGGUAAAUAGAGAAAUAAUUGAAACCAUGGUAAAAGCAUACGGCAAGAUAUUCGGCAACCUCAAACCAGUAUUUGAUGGUCGAAAUAAUCUAUAUACAAGAGAUCCAUUACCUAUCGGUAACUCGCGUGAAGAACUGGAGGUAACCCUACCAGGCGAAGGUAAAGACAGACUUUUUCGGGUGUCCAUCAAAUGGGUUGCUCAAGUGUCUCUUUAUGGUUUGGAGGAAGCUCUAGAAGGCAGAACGAGGCAGAUACCAUUUGAAGCUAUUUUGGCUUUGGAUGUAGUUAUGAGGCAUUUACCUUCAAUGAGCUAUACACCUGUAGGGAGAAGUUUCUUUAGUAGUCCUGAAGGAUAUUACCAUCCUUUAGGUGGUGGUAGAGAGGUCUGGUUUGGAUUCCAUCAAUCAGUGAGACCUAGUCAAUGGAAAAUGAUGCUCAAUAUUGACGUAUCUGCAACUGCAUUUUAUAAAGCGCAACCUGUGAUAGAAUUUAUGUGUGAGGUUCUCGAUAUACGAGAUAUAAACGAACAAAGAAAACCUCUCACCGAUAGCCAACGCGUUAAAUUCACAAAAGAAAUUAAAGGAUUAAAAAUCGAAAUAACCCAUUGUGGAGCUAUGAGGAGAAAAUAUAGGGUGUGUAACGUUACUAGGAGGCCUGCACAAAUGCAAUCUUUUCCACUUCAGUUAGAAAAUGGUCAAACUGUAGAAUGUACAGUGGCUAAAUAUUUCUUGGACAAAUAUAAAAUGAAAUUGAGAUAUCCACAUUUGCCAUGCCUCCAGGUUGGCCAAGAACACAAGCACACAUACUUACCAUUAGAGGUAUGCAACAUUGUUGCUGGACAAAGGUGUAUAAAAAAAUUAACGGACAUGCAAACGUCAACAAUGAUCAAGGCAACCGCUAGAUCUGCACCAGAUAGAGAACGAGAAAUAAACAACUUGGUUCGUCGAGCUGAUUUUAAUAACGACGAGUACGUACAAGAAUUCGGCCUGACCAUCAGCAACAACAUGAUGGAGGUCAGAGGGAGGGUUUUACCUCCGCCAAAAUUACAAUAUGGCGGUAGGGUAGCCUCCCUCAGCGGACAGGUGGGCUGGCACAGCAAACAGCAAGCAAUGCCAAAUCAAGGUGUAUGGGAUAUGCGCGGUAAGCAAUUCUUUACUGGUGUUGAAAUAAGAGUUUGGGCUAUUGCCUGCUUCGCCCCUCAACGUACCGUCCGGGAGGAUGCCUUAAGAAAUUUUACUCAACAACUCCAAAAGAUAUCAAAUGAUGCAGGUAUGCCUAUAAUUGGUCAGCCAUGUUUCUGUAAAUAUGCUACAGGACCAGAUCAAGUUGAACCAAUGUUCCGUUAUUUAAAGUCCACCUUCCAGUCAUUGCAGCUUGUUGUAGUAGUUCUGCCAGGAAAGACACCAGUAUAUGCUGAAGUAAAGAGAGUGGGUGAUACUGUAUUAGGGAUGGCCACCCAAUGUGUUCAAGCCAAAAAUGUCAAUAAAACUUCUCCACAAACACUGUCCAAUUUAUGCCUGAAGAUUAAUGUUAAGUUGGGAGGUAUUAACAGUAUUUUAGUGCCAUCGAUUAGACCAAAGAUUUUUAACGAACCCGUCAUUUUCCUUGGCGCCGACGUCACUCAUCCGCCUGCUGGUGACAACAAAAAGCCAUCGAUUGCAGCUGUUGUUGGUUCUAUGGAUGCCCACCCAUCAAGGUAUGCAGCUACAGUAAGAGUGCAGCAGCAUCGACAAGAAAUUAUACAAGAAUUGAGUUCGAUGGUCAGAGAGCUCCUUAUUAUGUUUUAUAAAUCGACAGGUGGUUAUAAACCGCAUCGUAUUAUUUUAUAUAGAGAUGGUGUUUCCGAAGGACAAUUCCUGCAACUAUUGCAACAUGAACUUACUGCUAUUCGAGAGGCUUGUAUAAAAUUAGAAUCGGAUUAUAAACCAGGUAUAACGUUCAUUGUAGUACAAAAAAGGCAUCACACAAGACUUUUCUGUUCGGACAAAAAGGAACAGAGUGGCAAGAGUGGUAACAUUCCUGCAGGAACAACUGUCGAUGUCGGUAUUACACAUCCAACAGAAUUUGAUUUUUACCUUUGUAGUCACCAAGGUAUCCAGGGUACAUCAAGGCCGUCACAUUACCACGUCUUAUGGGAUGAUUCCCAUUUAGACUCUGAUGAGUUACAAUGUUUGACAUAUCAGUUAUGUCAUACAUACGUUAGAUGUACUAGAUCAGUAUCAAUUCCCGCACCUGCUUAUUACGCACACUUGGUAGCGUUUAGAGCACGUUAUCAUCUAGUGGAAAAGGAACACGACAGAGAGAGUGUUUGUUGCAGCGGUGAAGGGUCUCAUCAGUCAGGUUCAUCUGAAGACAGAACGCCAGGGGCGAUGGCGAGAGCCAUAACGGUACAUGCAGAUACCAAAAAAGUUAUGUAUUUUGCCUAGAGAGGUGAUCCAUGCCAAAUUUUCGAAUAGUGUAAUUUAUGUAUUCAAACCACAUUGAAUUGAUUUUUUUUACCAAAUCGUAUUGUAUGUAUUAAGUGUGGUAAUCAAACGGAGGGUUACAAAUAUUUACGUAAUAUUUAUAUAUUUCUUUUUUCAUCAUUGUUUCAACUUCCAUCUAAUUAAUAGUGUUCCAAAUUUUCUCCAUAAGUUUUAAAAUUUUGAUCAUUUUUAUUAUUUAUAUAUAUUUAUCUAAAAUUGUGAGAGAAUAGAGCAUUAACUUGAAGUACUGUUUUAUCAUUUUAAUUAUAUCAGAUGUACCAUACUUUGAUCUAUUACCUUUGAUCCAACCAGUGACAAUAGAUAUCAAAUUCACUGGUUAACACAAUAUUUAUUCAAGAAAUGAGACCAAAAUGAUACACCAAUAUUGGAUCACUUUUUUAUAAUUUUAUUCAAAGGUAAUAAAUAUCAAGAAUUUAUGGAGUAUUUGGUACGUAUCUGAAAUUUGAGCUUUUUUUAUAAUUAAAUUUGGAACACUUUCUAUCUACUUAUAGAAUUGUGUUGAUGUAAUUGAUUUUGCUAAUGCAGCACUAAACAGCAGCUUGUUAAUCAAGGGUAAUCUUUAAUCGAACAAAUAAGAAUAUAUUUAAAAUGUGAUUUUUUUAUCACUUCCUCAUUUUUAAUAAAUACUUUCUAAUUUGUUAGAUUAAUAGUUGUAUGUGUGUGCUUACAUUCACCGAAUGUAUUUUAUAAAUAUUAUGGAUUCACCUAUGAUUUUUUUCCUUUUUACAUGUUUAUGUAUCAUGUAUAUUCCAGUAAUACCAAAGCUGUUGGUAACUCUUGUUUUUACCAAAAAAAACCUGGUGUGAAAACAUUUCAAUCGUUAAUUGUUCAAUUAUAUUUAUAAUUAGUAUUAAUAUUUUUUUCUAGGUCCAAUCAUUCUAGAAUUGAUAAUACUUUUCACAUCUCAGCAUUAAAGAAAAAAAUUGCUUUUAUUAUAAGAUUCCAAAAUACUGCACAGUUUUAUUAAAUAUGCUAAAUUACCAUUUUUGGUAGCAAUUUGAAUCGUUCCAAAAGAUCUACUUUGUAAUUAUUUCACUGUACAUGUCGAAAUUAAAAAAAUUCGUUGAAUAUAGUUGAAUUUCGUUCCAUAACUUCAUAAUAAUUGUCUAAAAUUAUCUUAUUCAAACCGCUUCAUAAGAAAAUUUGUAUAAUAUACUCUCUUUUGAAAAAAUUUCUAGGAAUAAUACAAUUUUAGUCAAAUUUCAAGAGAAACACUAAUUUGCUUGUAGUUCAGAAAACCAGAAGUAAGAAAUAAAAUCUAUAUAAUUUAAUAGGUCUUAUUGUAGAAGCGCUUGAUCUUCAACUCUAACAAAAUGACUUUCAUCUCUGUUUGAAUUUUCAGCUCCAUCAGAGUAUAAAGAUUCUCUUAGUCUUGAUGUCUAAAAUUGUCCGAUGUCCGAUAAGGAUCAAUUUUUUAUUCACAAUCGCUCAACCUUUGUGUUUUCUCCUUAACUCAUUUAUAUUUACUGAUUGAUAUAAGUCGCCUUAGCAAAAGUUUUUUCUUGUGAAAAAUUCUAGAUAGAUUGGUCUGUGCGAGCUAUCUCUUAAUACACUCAACAAUAAUUCCAAAACGGCAGGUGAACUGCUUGUCAAAUGAAGCUUUAAACUUAGUUAAGUCUUUCAAGUUACUUCUGCAAACAGAAACUUGGUAAUGGGCUCUUUGGAUGUCAAAAAUAAUUAUCAGGGUGCCGUAAAAAGACUGGAGGGUUGAAGAAAGCACAAAAUAUUAUUUAUUAAAGAUUAGCUAUCGGGCAGCUGUGAAAAUCGUGAACCAAUAAUGUGCCUUUUUAAAAAAUACUUAGCAAAGGGAAAAAACAAAAUAAAUUUUUUAGUUACUCGAUUUACUUUUUUGGAAAAUUUCAGUACUUUAUAUAAUCAUAACAAAUUUUAUUUGUUCUUGCGAUUACCAAAUACUGUUUGUAGAUUUUAACAUUGUUGCAGCCAAUCAUAAGCUGUUAUAGCAUAGGUUAUAAUAUUCGUGUGUAAAUUUUAUUCCAAGAAAAAAAUUUCCCUAUAAAUAUUAACCAAGAUCACAAAAUAAUAUCGAAGUUAAAUACCUAUUUUUUAGUGACAUGACAAUGAAUAAAUUAUAAAAUGAUACAUUUCCAUAGAACGUGUUCAUUAUUACAUAUAUAUGACUAUACAUUCCCCAUGACAACUGUAUGUAGGCUCAACCUCUCUUUAAUCCUUUUGUUGUAUAGGAAUCAAUCAUUUAUCUAGAUCCUAAUUUGGAUUAGUUUUUUCUGCUAUUAUCUGCCACAACCAUUUGUGUUUUACUUUCCUCUUUGUAUUUGUUUUUUACGCUGGUGUUAAUUCUGUUAUUUCAAUAGUGUAUUCUCUUUACUUUUCAUAUUAACGUGGCUGUACCAGCCCAGUAUGAGUAUUUUUAUGAACUUCCUCUGCAUGAUUUUUUGCACAUGUUUAUAAUUCAUUAUUCACAUUUCUCCCUCUCCUGAUUUUGCCAGUAGUACCUAUAUCUUUCUCUCGAAUGUACUUAAUUUGUUUUCUUUUUCUUAUUGGAUUCGAAAUCUCAGCGCUAUAAGUCACCACUACUUUAUAUAUUUUUGUUUUUUUGUGCCAACUUUUUUAUCGUAUUUUGCAUGUUUUAUUUGUAUAUGAAUUCUAUCCUUAUUUCAUUUUUAAAAGAUUCCUAUAUACCUGAAACUUUCUCUUGAUAAAAUCGUUUCUUAUGUAACUCUUAAUUCUGAUUAACUCUUUUCAGCUUAAAGGGGGCUUCAUACGCUACGAUAAAUCAAAACAAUGUGAUUAGUCGAUUUAUUUCUCUAACAAAUCGUAAGUCUCGAGCUCUGUUUACACGCUACGAUGAAUUGUAAUGAUUUUUUGUCACUUUCAACUUUCAAAAGUUCUUUCUUAUACACUGUAACAUAUUAUUUUUUUUUCACAACAGUGUUUUUAUCUCCCGACUGAUCAAACUCCUUGAACUUUUUAACUAGAUCAAUAGGUCUUUUUUAUUCUUCGAUCUUAACGAGCCACAAACAUGUAAAACUUCUAUAGAGUUCAUAAAAUUUCGAGAAGUUGUAACAAUCUUUCACAACGAUAAAUUGUAACAAUCUUAUCUUUACGAUAAGUUGCUACAGCUUAUCAUAGCGUGUAAAGCCUCCUUUAAAUAUCAAAGUGUUGAAAAUGUCUUUGACCUGUUUUUUAUUAGCUAAAAUUUGUAUUAGUUUUAUUAUUGUGGCUCCUUUUAAACCAUUAACUCAGAUCUAAUGGUACAUUAAAAGAGUUAUAUUAAUUUUUAAAUUCAUAUUCUUUUGCUUGCCCUUCCUUUUUUUUUCAUUAGUUUUCUAUUGAUUUCUUGAGCCCCUUCUAUUAAGAAAAUUUCAGUUAUUGCCAAAUAUGGUAACUAUGAAAACUGCCCGGUAGGAAGAUUUUCGAAAACAUUGAGAAGUAACUCAGGUAUUCUUUUAAAGAACUUGGUAUUCUGCCAUUUUAUAAUUUAAAAAUUUUUCAGAUUAAACAAAAAUUACUUGUCAACUUUGAUAGGUUUCUCAUAAGAAAAAUAUUGGAGAAAAUUUAAUGUACUAUUAAAUGGGUACUUUAUUUUGUUCUGUAUAGUCUCAAAAUCUGGUUAUUAUUUAUGGGGAUGGUUACGUUUUUCUAAUAGAAAAUUGUGUGCAGUUGUUGAUUGAUGUAUAUUUCUUUUUAAGUGACAACAAAUCUUAGUCCCUAAUAUCAAAUAAUGAUGAAUAUUUGGUGCUUAAACACAUUACUUGAGGUAAUUCUCGAAAGAGUCAUUCAAAUUUAUUAAGAAAAUCUCGAUAUUACAUAUUAUUUAUUCAUAUCGUUAUCAAUUCAAGUACUUUGAAAGAAAAAAAAAUAAUUAAACAAUAACUGUUAGUAAUAGAGAAAAAAUAUACAGAAUCUUUCCUGGAUUUUAUUACAAAUUAACGCGGACCUAAAUAACUUGAGAUUGUCUAUAUUUUUGUACUAAACCGAAUUUAUAUUUUUAAAAAAGUAUACAAAUUUAGAUUUAUCUAAAGUCUGUCUUACAAAUUUUAUGAGAGCUAACUGUAGACGUCUUUUUUCUUUAUUAUUUACACAAAAAAAAUUAAACUAAAUCUACUGUUGGUUCUUUCCUUAUUAUUAGAAGACAAACAUUUCGGGCUUUAAGUUACCAAAUCUUGGACGGAUUCAGUAUAUUUCAGACAGUCUAGACAAUAAUCAAACUAAAAAAGUUUAGACGACAUUCCAAAAGCACAAUAAAAGCAGAAAUGUUUUUUCUUUAUAUAUUAUCUCAAUCCUUUGUAAAUUGAUCUCAUGACUUAGCCAUCAACUUUUAUAUCAAAGACAGGUAGAUUUCACAACAUGGUCUGAUUGCGAUGUUGCAUCGAUGCAUAUUCACGUGAAACAUAAAGCAACAAUAAUUAGGUUUAAAACUUACCUGUUUUGUUAGUUGAAGUUAGCACCAACAUUUACAAAUUAAAUUUCUCAAAAUACGAAAGUUGUGACCUAUGACAUAUUCUCUGAAUAUUAAAAAUUCAAACUAAUCAUGUAUUUUUAUGGGACGUUAUGCGAAGUCUAAGGUCUAUUAUAUUCCUUUCUACCUCUAGCUCGCCUACCAUUUCUAAAUAUCCAAUAAACGCCAGUAUAAGUGCUGUCAAAAACGUUGUUUGCGUGUACUUGCAAUGGUGAGGAACUUCACAAUUAGAUGAUUAGGAGUUUCUGCUUCUUCCUCACAUCACUUAAAUCGUCAGUUACUGCUAGAUCAUCAUAAAUUCACUGAGAAUUUUCAGACUUCAAAUCAUAUAUACGAUAGACUUAACAAUAUUCAAGUUUCAAAUUCUCUUCCCUUCUAAAAGUCUUUUAGGUGCAUGCUACCAUAAAUGUAUUUCCAGAUCAGAUUUGAACCGAUGAUGUAGGAGAUGCUUUGAUAAUAGUAUGACCUUCAAUAUGGCCUAUUUCUAGGUUUAUUCUUCCUUAAAAGUCAGGAUGAAUAAACAUAUAAAGAAUAUUGAUUAAGAGUUUGAAUUAGAAAUCUGACGUUAGAGUUCAAAAAUCAAAUAUUUUUUAGUGCUCAUUGAUACCUGUUACCUUCUUCUGAUAAUAAUUAAACUGCGGCUCAGUGAAAAUCUAUGAUGAUGAGAAAUUUCCAAUUUCCAAUUAUUAAAAGCAUGUUUGACAUUGUAAUAUAUAAUGUUUCAAUAUGUGGAUAAUUGUGAUAAUAUAUAUCGAAAAAACAUUUUCUGUUAAUUUUAAUAAACCACAUUGUACUAUAACUGUUGUAAAGUGGAUCUUAAUAAUUUAUUGUAUUAAGUUUAGAAAGGCAUACCUACCUAAAUAACAAAGAUGUUAGUAUAUAGGCGUCCUUGGUCGAUGACGUCGUGUUAACAUUUUAAAAGAUAAAAUGAAAUUCAUUUGUUUAGUCAGUACGUAGUUGAUGAAUUCCAUUUUUUAAAAGAAUGAUAGCACGCGAAUUACUUUAUUAUAAGAUUUUACUAUUACAAAUUUAUCGAAUUUAUUCUUCGAUUGCAACAAAUUUUUUUAUGGGUUGAGAAAAAUGGGACGUCGAUUUUGUAAAUUAAAUUGUUGCUAAUGGGCGCAGUGAACUUCAAAGUAUCAUGCAUUAUCGAUUAAAUUGUUUAUUUUUAAAAAUAUUACUAAACAAAAUUUCUGUCAAAAUAAAUUGAAAAUAUUCUGGAUACACACCGUUAAUGGGGUUUUGUUCAAUAUAUUAUCUAGUACAAAAUUAACCCACAGAUACUCUAGCAACCGUGAUGCAAAGAUUUUAAACAACUUUGAAGCCAGUUUGUUGUUUAUAUAAUCUGUGCAUCUUCUUAUUCAGUCUUGAUGCGAAGUGGUUAAAGAAGGUAUUUCCAAGUUGCCUGUAAUCUCUGGUUAUUGUCCCUUAUGUUCAAACAGUUUGGAUGUUUAUAAAUGAUCUGAUCAAUAUGAAAAGUAUAAACAGAUGAUCUUUAUAUAUUUACACAGAAAUUUAACCAGUAGUUUUCAUUAUUAUUUUUGGCUUCGCAUAGUUCUCUAAAGGGUUGGAAAAUAUAUAAUUGUGAAGUUCACUGUACUUUUUAAGCCUUUUUGUGGAGAAAUGAUAAAGUUUAAUCCUUAUAUCGACAGCCUAUUUUCAUAAUCUGUCAAUAUUGAUGCGAUACUGGUUUAUAUAUUCAAGUGUGAUGUUGCCAAAUAAUAUUAAAAAUCAUUGUGAGGGAACAUUUGUGUAGAAAUUUUCACACUUAUUCCGUCGAAAUACGCUUAAUUACACCUAAAAUGGGGAUAGGGUGAUGAAUUGUUCUUGAAUGAUCUCGAAUCUUAUAAUUUUCCUCUAUCUCACAAAAUUCUCUAUGAUAUUUAUGCAAUUUUUUAUUGUUUUUUUUUGUGACCGUCAUUGACAUAGGAUAUGAAUAAUGCCGAGAAUGUAUCUAGUUUUUAAGAAAAAAAAUAAGCCGGGAUAACCUUAUGUGGAGGAAAUAUAACGGAAAAAUUUUACGUAUCAUAAGCAUAUUAGAUAAUAAUAUUUUAGCAAUGCGAUGGUAAUUUGAAUGGAUUUUUUAAAUUGAAUUUUCGAGUAACACUUGUUAUGUCAUUUUUCAUUUUAAUGAUGUUUCAUUAAAUUUUUUUAAGAAAUCAACAUCAAAACAACCACAUACAUCUAUUAUUGUUUAUGGUAUUAAUUUUCUAAAUAUCACUUUUUACACAUAUUUUUUAUUAUAUACAAUUUACAUAUAAUUAUUAUGUAAUUGAUAACUUUUUAUUAUAUUCAGUUAUAUACACAAUUGCAACUAUAAUAAGAAUAAAAUUAUUUUUUAUUUUAAUUUUUCCCCUGAAGAGUACAAAAAUGUGUUAGUUGUUUGAAUGUUUUCUCAACUAUUUAUGUUUUUACCAACGUUCGAAUACCUACAAAAUCAAAUAACCGACGUGUUCUUUCUUGGUCAAACAGAAUGAUGUCUGCUAACCAAGACGAUCUGAGUUCAAUCUCUAAUCAGUUCAACAUCGAAAAGAAAAAAUCAGAAAGUAAGGCAAUCAUCGACAGGCUAUUCCCAUCACGCCUAAGCAGAAGGAUAACCACAUAGUAGUUGGCCAAUACUAAAGAAGAUACAUGAGAAUAAAAUAGAACAAGCCCUCUUCUUAUACCACGCGAUACUCCAUUGAAAUUUGUUUCCAUUCGUCGUUCUCCUCUUAAUAUUUAUGUGGUUACCAUAAAGUAAUAAAGUAAUCCAGAAAACUUGUACAUAAAUUGUUGAAAUCAUAUCAUGUACAUCGUACGUCAAAGCUUUGAUAAGUCAAAAUGUGUGGGUUUAAAUUAAUUUGCUGAUUCUGUGAAAUUAUAUAUUCUAUUAUUUUCUUGAUAAUCUAGUCAACAAGUUGAUUUUUUUUAUAAUGUAAUCCAGUGAAAUGGAUUUAUGAACAUUUCUAUCUAUCUACAAAAAAAAUAUCUGAAAUGUGCUAUUACGAGUCCAAUUUAUAAAACUAGUCAAUGUUUUUGUUUUCAUUUUUUAAUUAUAAUUUUGAAAAGUGACGAAACAAAUACGCUCAAAUGAUUCCCGAUGCCCUUUAAAACCAAACCAAACGAAUUGCCAUUAUUAGAUAUAAGUUUUUAAUUUUUUUGAAAAAUCCAUUUAUUACAUUCGACUUGCGAUAGUAACAAACAAUUGUAAUUAGACCUUUAUAAAAUUAUUAUAAUUUCAUUCAUUAAAAACACCUGUACAUUAUUCUGUCGAGCAUGAAAUUUAGCUGCAGAACUUCUACAUUAUGUGGAGUAGACGUAAACGAACUAUGUUUAUAAGUGUAUAUAAAAAUACCAGUAGCGAAACGUUUAAUUAAGAUAAAAUAUAUAUAAGGACCAAUAAUACCAAAAGUAAAUAAAAGUAGGAUAGUUGUUUUUAGUUUACCGCCCAAACCAAUUCAAGUGUCCAGGAAACUUUCUUUUUUUUUACUAUAUUCGUUGUUUUUUGCAAAUGAAAUAUAACAAAUAUUUUUAAAGAUUGGAAAUUGAAUAUUUUUCAAAAAUAGGGUGAAUGAAAGAGGUAAAUUUCUAGUCAAAAUUAAUUGGAACCGUUAACAUUUUUAAUACGCUUUUAUUAGCUUUACCUGUAUGUGGGUUUGUUUGUAACUGUUCUUUGAACUAAGAGUAAUUGGCUUAUUACCGUUACUAUAUCCUACCACUUUAAUUGCGUCGUCCGUGUAUAUUCUGUUGGAGAUUUACAAUACUAAUGACUAGAUCUUGAAGAAAUAUUUUAUUUUUGACUAUAAGUCAAACUAAAUAGUGGAAAUUAAAUAUGGUUUAAGGGGAUAUUCUGAUCUAGAACAUUAAAUUUUAGGCAUUUUUGAAAAUAACGUGAAAAAAAUGAGAAACAUUUUUACUAUCCAUUUUUUAAUAUGAUAUGUAUUGACUUUUUAAGAAUAUAAAAAAAAAAAUGUAAAAGAAAAUCAGAAUUUCAAUAAAUUACAGGCCAGUAAAAUGAGGGCUACAAAACAACGGUGCACCCUUAACAUGAUUCCAGCUCUUGUAGUGAUCUGGAAUAAAAAAAAUUGAAAAAUUCUUAAUCUGUAAGGAUGUAGCUAUCGCAUUUACCUUAGCAAAAAAAUCACAAAAUGGCGUCGAUAUGAAAUAUCAAUUAUUCUUUGACCAUUUCGAAUUUUUUAAAAAUAUUCCAACUUGAGAUAUCAUGUCAACCACUUUUCCAGUAGAAUAACUUCAAAUUACUGCAACUCUAGACUUGCUCGAAUUGUUUAACAAAUAUAUUUUGUUGGAUUCAUAUAUUUAUGACAAUCUGUAAACUAUUUUAAAAUAAUAUAUAUGGUUGUACAAAUUAUUUUACAAUUGUUUGUUACUAUAAAUUUAGUAUAGGAAAUAUUUUUGCCAACUAUUUUAGCUAGUUGUUAUUAAGUGGUAUUAUGUUUUUAUUAUUAAUUUUUGUUACGGUACACUCCAUAAGUUGGUGCAAAAAAAUUAUAAAAAGAUUCGCAAACAUAGGUUAUAAAUAUAUUUAGUCGUCUUUUCUGCAUAUCAUAAAAUAAAACGGGGUAAUUUUAAUAAUUUCAUUGGUAUCCUAGUUUGCUGCUUGUGUUUUCGAAUUACUUUUUUACUCUUAGAAAUCAAUUAAUAUUGAGAAUAUUUAUAUUAGAUUUUUUGUUAGGGCUUUAUAAUUCAAGAUUGUAUUUUAAUUAAAUUAUUAAUUAGUUAUCCGUUA